CAUGUUUUUUUCUUGUGCCAUAAUUUAUUCAGUGUGCGUUUGGUACAAAACUGAUUGUUUUGUUCGGAUAGCAGUGAUCAGUAUUUAUCUCAUCAUUUGCUGCGCAUGGUUAUAUUAGUAGAAAUAUGGUGCGUUGAAGUUGCAUAUCAUGGCAAUGUUGGUGCUAUCAUUUUCCAUGAUCGUGUUAUUCGGGAUUAUAGAUGAUUCUCUGGGACUGAGUUGUAUGCAGUGUAAAAACUUUGACACUUUCCUUAUAUCGCCGCAACUCAAUCUGCAAGACUGUACGAAUGCCUCCAACUCCCUGCAGGUGGACUGCGGAGAUGGGCAGUUCUGUGUUAAGCUGUCAGGAGCGAUUUACGGCAGCACGACGGCGUUUCCGCAACCAAACACUCUUGAUGGUAUUCAGCGCGGCUGUGCUAACGAGCAGAUGAUUAAGUAUCUCAAACCGGAUGGGGCGGCAUACGGCGCCGGUGGUAGUUGCCAAACCGGUGACCGCUACAUUCCCACACCGUAUCAGUCCCUCUUCCAGAGCAAUCUUAGACCGACAUACAAGUUCAGCGGAACGUUCUGUUUCUGCCGCACAGCAAACUGCAAUUCCGCCGGUCUAUCCACCGGAAGUUUCCUAACACUAUUUGGUUCCCUGCUUUUGAGUAUUGUUGUUGUAUUAUUACAAUAAAAUUGUAAUACAUAUUGUAUUAUUGUUUGAGGUUUGUUCGGAAACGACGGUACAAUGCAUCAGAAAUUUUAUGUACGGUAGUACAUUCUGCGUUUAUUUACUUUAUUGUAUAAUUUAUACUCGCACUUACUAACUUUCACAUAUAGAGCAUACAUUUAUAUAAACUUUUAUUAUAAUAUUACAUCUACAUACGAGUAUUUGCAUAUGGACUGUAUGCCUACUUGUACUUAACUAUAAACAUUUUGUCCCCGAAAAAUUCUUUACAAAAAGGAAUGUCAAAGAAGGUCUGCACUCUAUCCAGCAGUCUGUUCUAGGUACAUGUACUACUGG